AUGCGUUCUACCGCCUUCACUGUCAUUUUGGCUGCCACUGCUAGUCUCGUGGCUGGCUCCCCAACCGAGCGCAACAACAACAACAACAACAACGCUCGCCGAACCGUAGUGGACUAUGGUGUGAAGAAGGAAGGCGUCGGUGCUCGCACUGUUGAGGACUACGGUGUCCACAACGAAAACGGCGGGCGCGUCUUCCGCCGAGGCAACAUCGAGAUCAUCGACCUUGGUGUUCGAGAUCUUCCCAAGGGAGACCUUCUCGAGGCCCGCACCACGGAUGGCAUCUCCUCUUGCGGUAGCAAAUGGAUGCCCAUCUGGAACCAGCAAUGGGGCAUGGGCUACGACGCCGCUGUGAACGAGUACUGCUACCAUGUUACCCACAGCUUCGACGGCAAGGCCACCGUCAUCGGGCCCGGCCAGUACCACGCUGCCCUGGUCAAGGACGGCUACACCUUGAAGGACAAGAUCCCGGCUGCGGUUGACUUCGAGAUCCACAACAAGAUGGGCGACGGCAGCCACACUCCCAACGAGGAUGACUGCAAGACCUACCUUAAGAAGAUGCAGCAGACUGGACAGAGCUGCUACGGCAAGAACAACAUCGACACCAAGGGCGGUACUUGGCAAGUUGGAGCCGAGAAGGUCAGCUACCACGGUCUCCCCCAGGCUCUAGUCUAA